GGGGCGCGCCACAUCGUGCACGGAGGCCUCGAGGAAGUCAUCCACGCCAAAAAACCUCAUCGACCGCCGGCGCGAGACCGCCCGCGAAGCGGCGCGAAACCGCUCUCGAGAAUCAAAAUGGCCACGCGGCGCCCUUGCGGCGUCUGCGGGAACACGUACGCGGAGAACAAGGACGGCGCCCUGCGGAAGCACAAGUGCGUCGACGCGCUCAUCGACGUGCCCGCGGUGCCCGCGGCGGCGCCGGACGCCGCCGCCGAGGACGCGCCCCGGUGGGCCGCGCUGCGGCGCGCGCUCCCCGAGCGGCGGUCGCAGAUGGCCGAGGCCGCCGCCGCCGCCGCCGCCGUCGAGGGCGCCCUCGCCGCGCGCGCGGCCCUGUCCGCGGCGCGCGCGGAUGCGCGAAAACGCCACGGCAUCAACCUCGGCGAGCUCGGCAUCGAGGAGGUCGACCGCCGGCUGCAGGCCCUCGGCGGCCCGCCCCUCGCGCCGGGCUUCGGCAUGCUCAACGCCAAGCUCGAGCGCCUCGCCGACGCGGCGCUGGCGGCGGAGCGGGCCGAGCAGCCGCCGCCGCCGCCGCCGGCCAAGCGCGCGCGGCCCGCGGCCGCCGCCGGCGAGGAGGCGUGGCUCGCGGCCGUGGCCGACCUCGGCGCGGAGUCGCCGACGUACCCGCGGCGCCGGGAGACCUUCGGCGCCUACGGGUCGUCGCUCGUGCCCGCGACGCGGCGCGCGCGCGUCGUCGGGGCCGGCGUCGCGGGCGCGAAGACGGCCUUCCACGCGUCGCUCGCCGUCGCGGGCGCGAACCCGGCCUUCUACGACUCGCUCGAGGCGGCCCUCGAGGCCGCGGACCACGGCGACGUCGUGCUCCUGGGCCCGGGGGACUGGACGCUCGUCGCGCGGCGCGACCCGAAGAGCGCGACGCGCGGCCGGGGCCACGCCGUCGCGCUGCGGAAAUCCGUGGAGAUUCUCGGCGCGGGCCGGCCGCGCGUCUCCGUCGUCGCCGAGGCGCCCUUUCACGUCCUCGAGGCGCCCCUGGUCGUGUCCCAGGCCCACGUGCGCUUCGCGAACUUGGACCUCGUCUUCCCGCCGCCGACGUCGUCGUGCCGGCCCAAGGGCGCGUCCGGCCGGCUCUCCGCGGACCGCGCGCUCGUCGAGUUCGACGGCUGCCGCCUCGUGGCGCGGGGCGAGGGCUUCGACGACAUCGUGCCCCAGCCCCUGCUCGCCGUGCAGCGCGGCGCCGGCGCCGUGCUCCGGCGGACCGUCGUCUACUGCGGCCCCCGGACGGCGUCCGCGGCGGUCCACGUCGCGCACGCGGACGCGGGGCCCGUCUUCCUCGCGAAUUCGGACCUGCGCUGCGACGCGGGGCUGGCCGACGCGCUGGGGGUCGGCGUGCUCGUGUGCCUGCGCGCGAUCUCGUCGUCGUGGUCCUACGCGGCGCGCGGGGCCCCGCGCGCCUCCGCGGGCCGCGCGGCCGCGCGGGGCGCGCCCCUGGACCGCGCCGCGCUCGAGGACUGCCCCAAGGUCGUCGGCGUCGCGACGUCGCUGAUCCGCGGCGCGGACCGGGGCGUCCACGCGGAUCGCGAGGCGCCCGCGGCCUUCCGGCGAGACGUGGCGUUGGAAGGCGGCACGGUCGUCCUCGCGUGCUCGCCGUCGGUGAAGCACGCGGCGCUCGCGGCGGCGGCCUACGCGAAAAAGUCGAAGCAGCCGAAGCGGCCCUGGGACUUUGGGAAGUAUGACCUCACGCGGCUGCUGGUCCUCGGGCACGCGGGCACGUCCGUCUUCCGGCGCGUGCCCAAGGACGUGCUCGCGCUCGUCGCGUCCUACGUCGCCGCGGACCGCAUCCUCGACAUGGUGCCGAACCUGCGGACCCAGGCGAAGCGGCGCUACGAAGCGACGAAGCGGACGCUCGAGUCCGCGCGGAACGCGGCGGCGCGCGCGGCGGCGCUCGUCGAGGCCGCGCGGGCCCCGGGCCGGGUCCUCGACGACGCCGAGAAAUGCCGGUCGCUGCUCGUGCAGGUGCCCGGCGCCGCCGACGAGCUCGCGAACGAUCUGGAGCUCCGCAAGCGCUACGGCGGGUUGCGGGCCGGCGUGCAGCACCGCGACGCGACGGACUACGGCGUCGACGACGACGUCGCGGCCGACGACUACGCCGUCACCGUGCCCGCGCCGCCGAGUUACGCGCGGCGCUGCGCGGACCACGGCAAGCGCUUCGCCCGGUCGUCGUCGGCGGCGAUGACGCUCGGCGUCUGCACCCAAGGCGCGGACCCGAACGAUUCGCGCGUCGCGCUCUGCGUCGCGGGCCGCCUCCGCAAGGCCGUGACCCUCGUCUACAACCCGCGGGGCGAACACUUCGAGCCGCGCGUCAAGUUCGGCAAGGGCCUGGCCCGCCGCGACCAGGCCGCGGGCUUCUGGAGCGGCGGGCCCUGCCCGACGUGCCGGCGGGCCACGUCCGUCGUCGUCGACGAGGCCCAGGUCUCCGCGGCGAUCUGGGCGUGCCUCCCGGCGCGCUUCCGCGACUGGGCCGAGCGGGACCGCCUCUGCCUGUCCCUCUGCGACCGCGGCCACCUCAGCGGCCAGCUCCUCGCGGGCGGCUACGCGGGCUGCGAGUGCUGCGGCGGCUACGGCGACAUGGACUACUGACGCGUAAGAAAGGCUGGCGUG